GCUUUAAGUGUGAAGGAUCCAUGCCGGAAGUUUCAUUGUUGUCAGCCUACCAGGAAAAGAAGUUACUGUGAAAUGGAUUUCAGUGUCGGUGCAGUACUUCUGGCAACAACACAAAUCGCGACGGAGUCGUAAGGCGUGAGCAUCAAAAAGCCUGAGACACUUGACCGAUCUCCACCGGCUUCAUUGCAGAGGCACCUCCAGACUAUGGCUUCCCGACCAACACGGUUGUUUUUUUCCUUUGUGGACAUGCACAAAUAAAACUUUCCAUUUUAGACUUCCUGCUUUAUUGUUCCAUACUGCCUCUUCCUCUCAGUCUUUGCGUUGUGAGUAUCCCGGAUCCUGAGUGACAAUGGACAGCGCAGAGCCGGUGCAGCCCAGUCUCAACUCGGCUUAUCAGCCAACCAUGUUUGGCAACCGUGACGUAUCUGAUGAUGAGGAGAGUGACGACUGUGGUCCCUCCGAGUCUCUUCUGCCCAAACAUUCCCCCGCGCCCCUGGCUGUGCGCUACAGUCCCGACGACUCAUACUUUUUAGUUUACGUCAUCUUUUUUCUGAUGGGUAUCGGCUCCCUUCUGCCCUGGAACUUCUUCAUCACAGCCAAACACUACUGGCUGUAUAAACUUAGCAACAACACCCAGCGCAGCGGCAAUGAAGAGCAACACUCAGACCUCAUUGACUACUUUGAAAGCUAUCUGGCCAUUGCCUCCACGGUGCCCUCGGUCCUGUGUCUGAUUCUCAACUAUGUCCUUGUUAACAGGUUGUCUUCAAACACUCGAAUCCUUUCAUCCCUUAUUGUGAUUCUGGUGGUGUUUGUGGUGACCACGGUGCUGGUGAAGGUGGACGUGUCGGACCACAGGACGGAGUUCUUUACAGGCACCCUGAUCAGCGUGGCAAUCGUCAGCGGAGCCUCCAACCUCUUCUCUGGAAGUGUGUUCGGAAUAAGUGGACAUUUUCCCAUGAGGAUCUCCCAGGCCCUCAUAUCAGGCCAGGCUAUGGGAGGCACACUCAGUGCAAUAGCGUCAAUAGUGGACCUUGCUGCGGCUGAUGAUGUGACAGACAGCGCUCUGGCCUAUUUCCUGACAGCUGAUAUCUUCAUUCUGCUCUGCAUCGGAACAUAUUUGCUGUUGCCCAGGCUGGCAUACUCAAGACACUACAUGCUGGCAGCAACAUGCACCGGUCCAGAAGAGCAGAGUGAAGAUGGUGGUGCUUCUCACAUAGUUCCACCCCUGCACCCCAUCCUAAAGAAGAUAUGGGUACUUGGCCUGAGUGUCUUCUACGUCUUCUUUAUUUCCAUCAUGGUGUUCCCUGCUUUAUCCUCAGGGAUCCAGUCUGUUGACAAGGACAGUGGCAGCCCCUGGACAAACACUUACUUCGUACCCUUCACCAGUUUCCUCCUGUACAACGUAGCAGACUUCUGUGGUAGACAGGCCACAGCCUGGCUGCAGGUUCCCGGUCCCACGAGUCGAGUCCUACCGGCGCUGGUGCUGUGUCGCACCGUCAUGGUGCCACUACUCAUGUUCUGCAAUUACCAGCCAAGGGGCCACAUCCAAACAGUACUGUUCAACCACGACGUGUACCCUGUGAUCUUUAACUGCCUGCUCGGUCUCUCCAAUGGCUACCUGGGCACGUUGCCCAUGAUCUAUGGCCCUAAGGUGGUACCUCGGGAGCUGGCAGAGGCUACAGGAGUGGUCAUGUCUUUCUUUCUCACAUUGGGACUAGCUAUUGGAUCUGCAUUCUCUGUGCUUCUUGUGCACUGUAUCUGAUUUAAACAAACAAACAAAAAAAAAAAAAAACGUAUGUUGAGGUAUAGUGGAGCAAGACCGUAGAGUCUGAUGAGCACCAGAACAUUAAAACACCAGUAAAGCCAAAUUAAUGCUUUCAGUGAAAGUGCCAACAAGCCUCAACUCCUUUAUACCUCUAUUUAAUGUUUACAUUACACGAUGAAGCUAGUAAAUGUGGAGAUGAUAAAGAAGCAUUACACUGUAAAAUACUGAUAGAAAAGCUGAGCUGAUGAACACGUGGGUCUUGUUUCUGGUGGCUGUAAGCAUUUUAUAUUCAGUUUUGCAACACAAAUACAAACUUGUAAAUGUCCUAGAGGUGGUUUAAAGUGCAACCGUUUGUAUUUUUCUUUAAUCUUGUUACAUUGAUUAAACCUAAUGUGUGGAGGGAGAAAUUAA